CUAUGCAAAUGUCCGGUGACGUAAAAGAUCAUGUGGUAUCCGUUUCGGUCCCCCCCGUGAGCGCUCUCCUCUCAGCUCCUUUCGCUCCGUCUGUGGGUUCGCUAUGCUGCGGUCUUCUCUGCACCCUGCACGGCACCGGAGCACCCGCGGGACCCAGCCCAACUGCAGCCCGCCUCUGCACAGAUCGAGUCUCACCUGGAGAUUAUUACCCACAGUGCACUGCAGCGACGCCGGCUCGUGCUGAACUGUGAUUGGCUGAGACUUGGAAGCGCCGUGACCUGAUUGGACGAAAGCUUUCUGCCUGCAGUGUGAAUCCCGCUUGCUGCUGUAGUUCCACUUCUUGGGUGCCUUGAUCAAGGCACAUCAGACAAUGAGAUUCUUCAACCUGUGACCGCUGCUCCAUCAGCUGGUGAUGCUGCUCUACGCUGCGUUUGGAAGCUGACCCCAGCGCUCCCGUCUGCUCCUCCGAACCAGUGACUGAAACCAGCCGAAAAUAAGCCAAAUACACAUCACAACUUCACCAGCACAAACCCACAAGCCAGCAGAGCCAUGUCGAGUCGCCGCAAAAACAGCAACCCGUGUAUGGUCCGAACUCCGGAGAACCUGGAAAACCAGGAAAACCUGGAGAACAAGGAGCAGAGCGUGGAGGAGGGCAUGGGCCUCCAAACGGACCUUGAGUUAUCAGAGAAAGAACAGUCCGAGAAGUCUGAAUGUGAUGAUAAAAGUGUCGAGAAACAGGAAGAGGAGAAAAUGGAGGAUGAGAAACAAAAUGGACACCAGCUUGUGAGCGAAGAAGAGGGAGAGAAGGAGAACCAGUCUCCAGACGCAGUCAAAACUCAAACGAAAGAGUAUGAAUGUAAAUACUGUGAGUUCACAACGCUAAACCUGACGGACUUUAAAGAGCACGUGGACUCCAGUCACCCGGGAGUCAUACUGAACCCGGUGUAUCUGUGUGUUGUUUGUAACUUUAGGACCAGAAAGUUUGAUUCUCUGACGGAGCACAAUGAGGAGGCGCAUCCUGGAGAUGCCAAUUUUAAGUACCGCAGGGUGAGCGAGGACGGACACACACUUUUGGAGCAGAGCAUCGAGGAAAGUGAGGAGGUAUCAGCAGAGACCGGGUGCAUCUCCACCACAGUGAUGAGUCCAGACAGUCUGCUAAACACUAAUGAUGCUAACAAUGCUAGGGAGGCUAACGGACCCUCUGAGCAGAUCCGGGCAGUUAGCAUAAAUGGGACGGUGAUCAUCCCAGAGCCGAACAUGCUGCAGGACACAUCGCAUGUUUCUCCAAUGCUCCAGAGACCCCCAAACUUCAGCAGUGUUCCUCAAAUUGCCGUUCCUCUAAACACAUCCAAGUACAACCCCUCGCUGGACGACAACAUGACGCUCAUUGCUUCCUUCAACAGGUUCCCGUACCCGACGCAUGCAGAGCUGUCAUGGCUGACGGCAGCAUCCAAGCAUCCAGAGGAGCAGAUCAAAGUGUGGUUCACCACGCAGCGCCUGAAGCAGGGCAUCACGUGGUCGCCUGAGGAGGUGGAGGAGGCGCGAAAGAAGAUGUUCAACGGCUCCAUCCCCCCAAACCACAACACCUUCACCGUCCUGCCCACAAGUCCUGUCACCAAGCCAAUGGUGCACAGUAGCCCCAGCUCCAAGGCGAUGGUGCACACAACAACUGUGGAGCCACAGAGAAACGGAACAUCCAUUAGCUCCGUGUUGAACUCUGCGACACAUGGACUGAAGCGCAUCCUAAAUGCGCCGUCUUUUGGCCCUGACGCCAAGCGACCCAUCAUGGCUGUGGCACCAAACCCCGGAGAGAAAGGACUUAUGGCCCCGCCCCCACUGCCCCCGCCACUGCAAAAACCCUCUGAUGCCAAAAGAGCUAAUGUUAACGAAAUCAAACGCCCUGUGCCUUUAAUGCAGCCACCGCAGAAUCCACAGAAAAAUAAAAUGGUGCCCAAUGUUUUGAACAAUUCCAAAACAAAGCCACUGGUGUCGAUGCCGUCCAUCGUGUUUCCGGAGUCACUGACACGCCCGAUGAUAGCUCCACCCCCCAUCUUUGCUCCACCCUUUAAAAGCAGCAUCCUGGUCCCGAGGACUGCCAAGGAGAAGGCGCAGAUCUCUUUACCAAACGGCAUGCUAACGAGCUCUGCGCCACUAAUCCCGCCACAAAUACGCCGCCCGGCGAUUAUCCAAACAAUCCGAGGGAAUCCAAACAUGCCGCCAGGCUUUGGUGGGCUGGAGGGGGCGCCAAUGAGUGAGCAGAAUGGAGGAGACACGAAUAACGUGAGCUUAAAUGGUGCGUGGCCCGACCCAAGUCCUCAAAGUAACGGACAUUUGGAGGACGCCAAGAACGAGCUGCAGAAGGCAAGCGUCCUCACACAGUUCCCGCUGCUGGAGCGGAUGAAGGGGAAAACCGCAGAGCAGCUGAAGGUUCUGGAGGAGAACUUCCUGAGGAAUAGUUUUCCGUCUCAUGGGGAGGCAGAGGCGCUGGCGGCGGCAACGCGUCUGUCUCUGCAGGAGGUGGAGAGCUGGUUUGGAGAGCGCCGAGCCCUUAGGGACAACCUGGAGCAGGCGCUGCUCAACUCUAUGGGGACCAAACGGCACGGCAAUGGGAGCAACGGGAACAACGGGAGUAUGCUCGGAGCCGCGGACAAGCAUAAUGGCAUCAAGGCCGGAGGGCAUCUGGGCUAUACACUCAACAGAGUCCCAGAGGAGUUUGUGUCGCGGUGGUCAUUCGCCGAUGACCUGAGCCAGCGCUGGUUCAACGGUAAAACAGGAAGUGUGUUGCCAAGCUCUGAUCUGAUUGGCCCACGCUCCCAGGACCUGACUAAUGGGAGCAAUGGGAGAGCACAGGAGGCAGAGCUAAGCUGGUUCAACAAAAACCUGAGUGCUCCGCAACAUGACCACUUCAGAUUUCGACAGCCUUCUUUGGACCUGCAGACUGGAGGAGUGUUCGGGAGAUGGAUGGACCGAAGACAUGACUUGAGCGAAGAGUCCAGCGGCUGAGGUGCAGAGGAAGUUGAAGAAGGACCCGUCACAAUAAGAGCUCAUCAAACCAGGCUUUUAUUUUGGCAGCACAGACUCCACUGGACAAAUCAGAAAUUGAAAAGACAAGGAGGUUUGGGUCAUGAUCUGGGAAAAAAAAUUACAGUUUAAUAUCCACAAAAUGAUCAAACUUGGAAAUAAGUCCUUUUAUACCAAGUGUAUUUUUAGAAUCACAUUAGACAAAAAAAUAUUAAAAUAAGUGGAAUCAUUUUAAGAAUUCUGGCUUUCCAUUUCUGUAAGAUUUUUGACUCAAAAACUGCAAACACUAUAAAAAUAUUUAGAUUAGUCUCAUGUGAAAUAAAUUAGAAUAAUUCACAUUUUCAUUCCCAGAUUGUGAAGUUUGAAUCUUUCGGAUGGUUUUAUUUUGAAAAGACUCUGGAUCUUUGUGCCUGAAUCAGCAGCAGAACUACAAAAAAACCACGACACAAAAACUACAGAAACUUUAUGGACUUUAUCGACAUGGUGGACGAACUGACGCCGGAUUGUGUCGAGUGCCAAAGCUGCUCCAAAAUGGCGGCUCCGUCCUGUAAAUAGAAACUUUCCCAGAAUUUUCACAUUUUGGGAAAAUUUAAAGUUUUGUUACGUUUUUGUAAAAAGAGCGAAGCGCCCCCUGAAUCCUCAGUCCAACGUUUUCUUUUUCCAAAAAAUUUUCUUUUUUAAAAAAACACCAAAUUUUCAAGUGAAUUUAUUCUGAACUUUGAUUUUAUCUUCCUCCAUUGUUCUUAAAGCAGCACCUGCACUUGUAGUUGUUAAAACAAAUCUAUUGCACUUACAAUUUCAAACUUCACUUGUUUGAAAAAUUGCACUUUUUAAAAAAAGAUUUUUUUAAAAAUACUUUUUUCUUGAGGCACAUUUGAUUGUUCAAAUUUUUUAAGGGCCCGUGUGAGGCUGUUUUCUUACAUUAUAAUGUUGUUUCCUUAUCACAAACAGACCUGGAGUUGUGUUUUGUUUUAUUCACACAUGUUUGAAACACAAACCCUGCAGAUUUAGGCUGAGGUCUUCUCUCAAACUGAAAACACUCUGUUCCAUCUUGUGAUGUAAUGAGGUAAUACAGGAAGUGCUCCACUGUGUUUUUAAACUCCAUACACCUUCACUAGAAUCAUUUGGAUGAUUUUAGCCAUGGAAUUGUCAAUUUCUACUCAACUAAAGGUAAAAGGAGCUGUUAACUUGAAAACUACCACUUCGUGACAUCACAAGGUGGAACAGAGCAUUUUGAGCUUUGGAGAUGUAGACAGACUAAUGAUAAAGUGUUACUCAAACACAUGUGAAUGGAGCAAAACACAACUCCAGGUCUGUUUUUGAGGAGGGAGCAACAUUAUAACAUGACUUACAGCUACAAGAGUCUAUUCUGCAUAAUAUAGGACUUUUAAAUAAAUUUCCACAUUUUCCUUUCAGAAUCAUCUCCAAACAGUGAAAUUAAGAAUGUCUUUUAAUGUUUAAAGUAAAUUUCAUAAUCACUAGUUUAUUUUAAUAUUUGAGUAUUUUUCUAGUUUGGCGUUUCUUCCUGACCUGAAACCAGCAGAGAUGUGGCGUUUGAAAAGUGCCACUAAAAUAAUAAUAAAACAUGCACCUUAAGCUGUGGAAGCCAUUUAACCCGACCAGGUCCAGAGACGCUCUGUUUAUUCCAAACCACACAAUCGAAAUGCUUUAAACAGAACUGCACCCAAACACAAAUGUAUCAUUUAUUGUAAGUCUCCCACGUGUUUGAUUUUGUUUCAUGAAGCAAGUGCCUCUUUCACCAUUUAGAUUCAAAGAAAUCUCCAAAACCCAAAAUCCCGAACGUUUUUCUCUGAUCCUUUUCAUCCAUGCCAGGCUCCGAAAAUCAUUUUGUUUAUUUACACAAAACAGUGGACUUUGUGCCAGUUUUUGUGUCAGUUUUGUUUUUUUGUUUUUUUUGUUUUUCUUCAUGUGGAUAGGCCCAGUGAUUACAGAGAAAUUAACCAUAAACAUCACAUUUGUUAAGAAAUGUUGCAGGUAUAUCCACAGACUGUAUAUAUAAAUGGACAAAACUAACCUGCUAUAGCUGCCACGUUCCAAACAGGAAGUGAUCAAAGUGGUUAAUUCGAGCUCUGUUUGCAGUUCACUCUCUUGUGAAAAAACGUGGUCCCUCUCUCUGUAACUGCUGCUGCCCGACUCGUUAUUCUGACCUUAAAAUGUUGGUUUUAACCUGCUCUACAUGAUCCGUUUUAUUUCACUAUUUUGUCCCCAAAUUGAGAUAUGAACAUUAAUAACAUACAAAUCAGGCACCUUAUUUUUUACCCGAGGUCGCUCCUGCUAACAACAGGUUUAAUUUUAUAGCCUUGUUGAUAAGCCAAAUCGGCAGUGUGGGUGGGAGGAGAUGUUACCUUCAACCACCUCUCUCCUGGUUGGUCUUUGGUUUUGUGCUUGGAUUUCCAAAUAUGGUUCCUGGUUGCAGAUUAACCGUUAUAACUGCUAGCCUUGAGGUUCAUUUGGAGCCAGACGCUGCAGGUGUUAGUCCACUUUUUUUAUACAGUCUAUGGCUAUAUCAGAGCUAAUCCUGGUCUAGUCCUGGUCUAGUCCUGGUCUAGUCCUGGUCUAUUCCUGGUCUCGUGCUGAUUUCAUGCUGGUCUAGUCCUGGUCUAGUCCUGGUCUAGUGCUGGUCUAGUCCUGGUCUAGUCCUGGUCUCGUGCUGAUUUCGUGCUGGCGUAGUAGUGGUUUAGUCCUGGUUUAGAACUGGUUUAGUCCCGGUUUGAGUCUUGACACCUUAAACUCGGAUACAUUUGUGUUUUAAACUGGACCUGGUCUGAAAUAUGUAGCAAAACCCACAUUUGCGUUUCCAUUUUCAUCCAAUCGGCUGAGAGCAAACUGAGGAGGAGGCGGGGCUAACUUCGCUCCUAAAAAAGUUUGACUAAACGCACCUUUUUGGACCUGUUUUUACUGUCUCCUGUGAAGUGCAUUACAUCAUCAUGACAUCAUCACUGUUGGACUGUCGCCACGGUCAUCUGUGAGGAGGAAGUACUGUGGACGCUGUGGAUCAUGUGACGCUGAACAAACAAAACAAACAAAGAAAAAACAAAACAAAAAACACAGUGGUAAAAGGUUCAAAGUUUCACAGUAUCAAUGUCGGCUGCACUCACACCAGGAGGAGUUUGUUAUUUGGUUAAAAAAAAAAAAUUGAGUUAGAAGGAUUUAAACCAGUGAUCAUUAGCUUUAUGGGCAAAGACUCAACCCACUGCCCCAGGACAGAGGAUUUUACAUUUGCGUGAAUAAUAUUUGUCUUGAAAUUAGAUUUUAAAAGUAAAAUAAAUACUAAAAAUAAUACAUUUUGGUUUAAAAACAGUUUAAACUAUUUGAACCGGUGUCUGCUUUAGUCCUGGUUUCGUCCUGGUUUAGUCCUGCUUUAGUCCUGCUUCAUUCCCGUUUAGGCCUGCUUUAGUCCUGCUUCAUUCCCGUUUAGGCCUGCUUUAGUCCCGUUUAGGCCUGCUUUAGUCCCGUUUAGGCCUGCUUUAGUCCCGUUUAGGCCUGCUUUAGUCCCGUUUAGGCCUGCUUUAGUCCCGUUUAGGCCUGCUUUAGUCCCGUUUAGGCCUGCUUUAGUCCU